CACACAACACUUUGUCUCGAACGUUGUACUUAUCUCAUAGACGUGUUUAUAGAACUCUUCUCUAUUCAAUACCCCUGUCUUUUUCUCAAUGGCUGAUCGUCAAAUUGCGAGCAAGAUUGAGGAGUACAUCGAAAAGAUCCACUAUUCUGAUCGUUACUCUGAUGACCUAUACGAAUACCGUCAUGUCAUCCUACCGAAACCACUACUCAAACUUGUUCCAAAAGAAUUCUUUGACGACAAAGUAGGCACCCUUCGUCUACUAUCGGAAGCGGAGUGGAGAGGGAUCGGCAUUACUCAGAGCCUCGGCUGGGAGCACUAUGAGGUACAUGCCCCAGAGCCUCAUGUCCUUCUUUUCCGUCGUGCGAAGAACUAUGCAGCCCCCCCGCAACCGCAACCUAUUCUGGCUGCGAGACAAGCCAAUGCGAGAAAGAAGUAG